CGAUUUUGGGUGUGAAAACACCAUCUCACACUCUCGAGAUUGCCAGGCACUGAAUAGAUGUCAUGGCUGUCCAAAGCCUCGUGUAUCCCAAUCUGUUUGUGUUAGGAUUCUCGGUGGUAAUUGCUUAUGUACUGGGUACAGCAAUUUACAGACUCUAUUUCCAUCCUUUAGCCAGGUAUCCGGGGCCAUUCUGGGCAAGGCUGAGCAGCAUUCCGUCCUGGUGGCAUACGAAGAACCAAGAUCGUCAUCUCUGGCUAUUGAGCUUACAGCAAAAGUACGGUAACGAAUUCCGCCAUCGACCCGACGGUGUCUGCAUCAAUACACCAAGCGCCUACAAACACAUCUUUGGACCUAAAGGCAAUGUCAAGAAGAGCGAAUACUACCAGGUCUGGCCGCGUACCGUUGAUACAUUAAACACCUGGAACUGUACCGCGAUUUCUGUACAUGCUCGGAAACGAAGAGUUCUCAACUACGCUUUCUCAGAGGCUGCACUGCGCGAAGCAGAAGUCUUCAUCCACAGCAAUGUCAAUCGAUGGUUGGAUUUGCUUGGGCAGCAGAGGAAGCCAGAAGAUGAUUGUACAGCCCCGUUGAAUAUGGCUGACAAUGUGACGUAUCUUGUUUUCGAUAUUCUCGGCGAUCUUUGUUUUGGAAAAUCAUUCGAUAUGAAGGAGCCUGAUAGUGAACUACGACAUGUGCCGGAGAUCAUGAUACAAUUCAUGGAAAUACUGAAUCCGAUGGCAUGGUCUCCGUGGGCAUCGAUCUGGGUUUGGUUUAAACCGCGCGGACUGGACAAUCUACUUGCGGCAUACUCGCCACCCGCCGUCAAGAAUUGGGAGGCAUUUGUCGAGGACUGCCUGGAAAAAAGAACACAAAAGCAGAAAGAAAUAGAAGAAAAUCCCGAAGCCACAACAGAAGUCCGCAAGGACUUUUUCCACUGGCUUUUCAAGGCGGUCGAUCCGGAAACUGGGGAGCGCGGUUAUUCCCUAUCAGAGCUGUAUGCUGAGUGUGAACUUCUGACCAUUGCGGGAUCAGAUACAACCGCCAUUGUGAUUUCAGCGAUGUUCUUCUAUCUUGCUCGCAACCCUGAAGUUCAGGCAAGAUUAGCCAAAGAGAUCAAGGCCACAUUUUCAACCUACGACGACAUCAAAUCUGGCAGCACACUGCAAUCAUGUGAUUAUCUUACUGCUAUCCUCUACGAAUGCCUACGCAUGGCGCCCCCAGUGAGCGCCGAACCGAGCAGAGAAGUACUCAGAGGAGGAACUACCGUCGAUGGGAAAUACUUUCCUGAGGGCUCACUCGUUAGCACCGCACUCUGGGCGAUGCAAUACAACGAGCGAUACUAUGCCGAUCCCUUGAAAUUCCAACCAGAGCGAUGGAUUAUUGGUGAAGGAGGAUCCACAGCAGAGAGUGUUGCUCUGGCCGAAAGCGCUUUCUGCGCUUUUUCGACAGGCUCCCGUGGAUGUGUUGGAAAGAAUAUGGCCUGGUUGGAGAUGAGAAUUGUGCUGGCUAAGACAAUUUGGAGGUACGAGAUCAUCCAAGAUCCUACUAAUGAUUUGGGAGGCGGUGAUCCGAAGGGGAGGCCUGGACGACAGGUCAAGGAUCAAUACCAGACAUACGAAAUUUUUGUGUCGAACCGCAAAGGACCUAUGGUGCUUCUCAAGGACCGGGUGUAAGAACUUAGUGAUGUUACCUGGCUAGCAUUUCUAUCGUGCAUCGGAAUUGGUCCGACGCGCGGAAUUCGGAGCAUCGUGGAUCUAACGAGAAGCCUUCGUUCUAGUUGUUGUGAGGUGAAAUGGUCCCAUGGGAGAGGCACACGCUUGACGGCCUGACCAUAAAGCGAUGAAUCCUAGGUUUUGAU